AUGAUGAGAUACCGACAAAAGUUUUCCGCCUUGAUAACUAAUAAAUUUCAAAGUUGUUUUUGUAAACAAGGUCCUAAUAUUCUUGAAGCAAAUGGUUUCAAAAGCAAUCAGAUAUUUGGUUGUAACUUGACUUUAAAACAAAGUUAUGUUACUAAGAUAGAUGAACAUGUGGCUACAUAUGAAGAAGUAGCACAGAGUGUGAACAAACCAAAGAAAAUGAUUGUGGAUGUACGUAAUCAAGAUGAAAUCAAAACCACAGGUCAAAUCCCUUCAAGUAUCAACAUACCAUUGAAGAAUAUACAAGAAGUAUUGGAGUCAAUGUCUGAAGCAGAGUUUCAAAAAAAAUACCACAGGUCUAAGCCUUCACAAUCUGAUGAAUUAAUUUUCUAUUGCAAAUCAGGAAAGAGAGCUACAGAAGCAACUAAUGUUGCUUUAAAACUUGGUUAUUCUAAGUCCAAAAAGUUUUUGCCUGGCUGGGAUGGAUGGAAUGAAAAAAGUUAA